AUGGACGACUUACUGCGCGACUUGGCCGAGCCGACGCUGACGCUGGAGGAGGCGCUGGAGCUCAUCGACACCUGCGACGUCGUCUCCAGUCUCAGCACCCCCGAUCUCCCUGCGUGCAAUGACCCGGAGGCUGCCUCCCAAGCGGCAGUCGCAGCCUCAAGUGAAGACCCCACGAAGCCCAAGAAGCGCGUGCGCAACCCCCUGAACGACGUCUGGCGGCGCCAGAGGAGGAAGGCGGAGCGCCAGCAGCUGAAGGACCAAGUGGAAGAGUACGAGGCUCAGCUGGAGCGGCUCAAGCGCUGCGGACAGGCCCAACCCGACGCUGGGGCGUUGACACCGCAGCGAACAUGGCUACACGCGGUCAUUCAAGAGCAGCGGAAACGGCGUCAGGCUGAGCAAAUUAAUGCCAAGCUGAGGCAGCUGCUGGCUGAGAGACGGCAGACAGCGUGGGCGGUGCGUGACGCGCUGGCGAAGGAGAAGAGGCUGCUCUCGAAACUUGAAUCCUCGGAAGAAGUGAUGGCCUCAAUGACGUCCUCCGCUCUCAAGUCGAGUUUAUCGGCGGACGACAGCCGACUUUCAGGACUGCGGCUGGCUGUCCAGCGCGUCUUCGACUCCACGGACGCAGUCUUUGGUUCGUUCCGUGCAAGUGGGUUUGACUCUGUGGAGUCGAUCUCGCGGGUCAAGCAGCGAGACCAGAGUGGUGGACAGUCCAUUGAGCUACUCACCGCUACGCCGCUAGCUUGUGGGUUUCAGACGGCUAAACGCGUGCUCUGGGGGGUCCUCGCUGAUAAGAAGUGGCCUGGCGACCAGAAGGCCUUCGACCUGAAGGCGAAGGAGAGCUCGAAUGAAUCGAUGGAGCUGAAGUACUCGAUGGGUCUUGAGCCGAGUGAGCUCAGUCUGAAUGGAGCUACCUUGCUUCAAAGGAAAGACGAAGACGAUCGCACCGUCUUGGCAUGGACUUCGAUGAUCACGCAUACGCAUCAGCAACUUCGAUUUCAGUCCGAGGGGUGGAUAGUAAUCAUGAAAUCGCCGACCAGUCCUCACGCAGCCUCCAGCCUACGAACAUGCUGCCGGAUUUCAGCCAGCAGUGACGGAAUUCACAGUUCCUCGUCGGUGAAGCUCCAAAACUCGAUCCUGCGUUCUAUGGGGCACCGUGUGAAGAGCCGAGUCGAGGGUGUUCAGCAGAGCCUUGUGGAGAGAAUUGGAUUGCCAGGAAGCGCUGGUUUGAUUUUCAUCUAA